UUUUACAUAGCUCGUAUAGGACAGCGAAAGAUGCACUUUAGGACAAAUAGAAGGCAUAGUUUACAUCGCGCUAAAUGUAAGACAACACGUACUUAUAUUAACUGUAUACUCGUGUUUGUUUUGUUUUAACGUUUAUUUUUUAACAUUCAUACGAUUAUGUGAGAAACAAUGGCACACAUUUUAAAACGCUAUCCAGCGACAGAGUGAGACCUCAUUAUUUGCCUUGACUCUCAAGUCCUAUCUUUGUGCCGCAUGGCGCUGUGUGCGCGUUAUGUUGUUGCCGCUUUUAGCAGGAGGAAACAUCUUUUUUUUAUGGCUGUCUAAAGGUUAGGAUCAGCUGAUUUCUAUCCAGUCGUCACACACUUGAGUUUAUUCUCACACCAAACAGGGUCCAGCAUGAGGAAGAAGCUGCUGGUGGACGUAGACUGCGGCGUGGAUGACGCCCAGGCUAUCAUGCUGGCCUUGGUCGCCCCCAACGUAGACCUUCUGGGGGUGACCUGCGUGCAUGGCAACACCACGGUGGAGAACGUGUGCAGGAACACGCUGCGUGUCCUGCAAGCUUGUGAAAGACUAGAUAUUCCAGUGUUUAAAGGUGCAGCUAAGCCCCUCCUUGGCAACACAAUAGACGCGGGACACUUCCACGGCCAGGACGGGCUGGGAGAUGCUCCUGACCCAAACGCUCCCGGUCUGGACCUGGUGCAAGAGGAAUGUGCCGUUUCAGCUAUGAUCAGGAUUGUCAAAGAGAACCCAGGAGAGGUAUCUCUGGUUGCCACGGCGCCCCUCACCAACCUAGCUCUGGCUGUGAGGAUGGACCCGUCUUUGCCUGGCAAGCUGCGAGGGCUCUACAUCAUGGGAGGCAACACGGAAUCUCGAGGAAACACCACCGUGUGCGGCGAGUUCAACUUUGCAGCGGAUCCAGAAGCGGCGCACAUCGUACUGAAUGACUACCAGUGUCCAACCUACUUGGCAUGCUGGGAGUUUACUUGCUACAGCAAACUCUCUUGGGAGUUCUGUGACGCAUGGUUAGCGCAAGACACGCACAAAGCUCACUUCAUGGCGCGGAUCUUCCGCCACAGCAUCGAGGCGUCACACAGUGAGCGCUCCCAAAAGGAGUUUGUGGCCGGCACGGGCUUCGUCUCCUGCGACUCGUACGCUAUGGCCGCUGCCGUGGACGACAAGUUCAUCACAGAGAAAGACUGCCUCCCAGUUAGCGUGGAGCUGACAGGCACACACACAAGAGGCAUGAUGGUGGUGGAUACCUUAGGCUUGUUAAAGAAGACUCACAAGGCUGUCAUCAUGAAGAAAGUGGAUAUGGAGAAGUUUGAGGAGAUGAUGAUGGCGGCGUUGAAAUAGUUCUUAAUGUUAUCAUUGAGUUCACCUACGUCCUUUCUUACGUCCAGAUGUUAGCUAAAACAUUGUCUUAACUUAAGUCACCCUUAAUCCAUACCUUUAGAAAAUCUAAUAUCAAUUACAAUGAAAAUACCUCAACUUUAUUAUAAGAGUGAGUUGAAAAAAGUAAUAUUUGUUUUCCUUUUCAAUACUUGCAUUUCAAUUUUUUUUUUAAUACCGGUAUGUCAAUUUGUGAACUUUACGGUUUAUUGUGGCACAUUUUCUAAAGGAAGUACUGCAAAGAAAACACUGGAAUAAAAUCAAGAAGUAUAAGAAAACAUGGUUCUUAUGUUAAGAAUAUGAAAAGAUUUUUGCUCUAGAACAGUGGUUCUUAACCUUGUUGGAGGUACCGAACCCCACCAGUUUCAUAUGCGCAUUCACCGAACCCUUCUUCAGUGAAAAAUAAAUGUUUUUGUUUUUUUUUAAAUUUAAGACAAAUUUAUGUUUUUUUACUGGUGCACAAAAUGAACCGUGCAUGAACAUUACCUUGUUCAAAGAACAAAACCUAAACAGUCCAUGAACUCACAACAAAUUACACACCUGCAAAUCAGAUGGAAAAUUAGAGGCAACAUUGUUUUGGGGUAUCCAUAAUACGCCGAUAGGGAGAAGUUUUUAUUACACGCUGAGUCAGGUGUGGCUUGACGGCGGAGGCUCCACCGAACCCCUGAGGCCGACUCACCGAACCCAGGUUAAGAACCACUGCUCUAGAAAAAAGUUGUACAUUUAACAACAGUUGUAAAAAAUGUUUUUUUAACAAUACUUACUAGUGAUUUUAAUACCAUCAUUUUAUACUUUCUCUUCCCAACUUUUUUUUGCAAUAUUAUGCCAAUUCCUGUUUUAAUUAUUGUCAGUUAUUUUCUGGGGGGUGAAAAUCCAAUAACUUUGUAAUGCCCCCCCCCCCCACACACAAUUUUUUUCUUCAACUUCAUUUUUGUAUAAUUAUGACUUAUUUCCCUUAAUAUUAUGACUUCUGUCAUGACUACUUUUUUCUCUAUUGUAGUUUUACUUUUUCAAUUGGCCCCUCAUACAGAUCAUUCCUCCCAAUAAUAUUGAGGAUGUAAGGCCUCCAAGCAUAAAGACUAUAAAAAUGGGACCCAUUACCUCCCUGCUUGGCACUCAGCAUCAAGGGUUGGAAUUGGGGGUUAAAUCACCAAAAAUGAUUCAAGGGCGCGGCACCGCUGCUGCCCAC